CGGCCAUGUAUUGAUCAAACUCGCCGCAAGCCCGCAACUCGUGUGGUUAGCAACGUGUUUAUUUGCCGCUUGUGUUUGAUGAUAAAACGUUAUUUUAAAAGGAAACAGCGAUGAAGAUUGAAGAGGUGAAGAGCACGGCCAAGACCCAGAGAAUUUCCGCGCAUACACAUAUCAAGGGCUUGGGACUUGACGAAAAUGGCAUCGCUAUCCAGAGUGCAGCCGGUCUUGUCGGUCAGGAAUUAGCGCGAGAGGCCGCAGGUGUCGUUGUUGAUAUGAUAAAAUCCAAAAAGAUGGCAGGACGUGCUGUAUUGUUGGCUGGUCCACCAGGCACAGGCAAGACUGCCAUUGCUCUUGCGAUUGCUCAGGAACUCGGUAAUAAAGUGCCUUUCUGUCCCAUGGUGGGUUCAGAAGUUUACAGUUCUGAAAUAAAAAAGACAGAGGUUCUCAUGGAAAAUUUCAGAAGGGCUAUUGGCUUGAGAAUUAAAGAAACAAAGGAGGUAUAUGAAGGUGAAGUUACAGAAUUGACGCCUAUCGAAACGGAAAAUCCUAUGGGUGGUUAUGGUAAAACCGUGUCACAUGUGGUCCUUGGACUAAAGACUUCCAAAGGCACAAAGCAAUUAAAGCUGGAUCCCUCCAUAUAUGAAUCCUUGCAAAAGGAGAAAGUCGAACCUGGCGAUGUAAUUUACAUUGAAGCUAAUAGCGGUGCGGUAAAGAGACAAGGCCGAAGCGAUAAUUUUGCUACAGAAUUUGAUCUAGAAGCGGAGGAGUAUGUCCCUUUACCGAAAGGCGAUGUACAUAAGAAGAAGGAAGUUAUUCAGGACGUGACUUUGCACGAUCUGGACGUAGCCAAUGCCAAACCACAAGGAGGACAAGAUAUAAUGUCCAUGAUGGGACAACUAAUGAAACCUAAGAAAACCGAAAUUACAGACAAAUUGCGGAAAGAGAUAAAUAAGGUAGUGAACAAGUACAUCGACCAAGGUAUCGCCGAGCUAGUACCAGGAGUCUUAUUCGUCGAUGAGGUUCAUAUGUUAGACAUAGAGACAUUCACCUAUCUGCAUCGCGCGUUGGAGAGUGCCAUAGCGCCAAUCGUUAUUUUCGCUACGAAUCGCGGUCACUGCAUAAUCAGAGGGACCGAAGAUAUCGUUGCUCCACAUGGUAUACCCCUUGAUCUGCUGGACCGGUUACUCAUCAUAAGAACUCUUCCAUACUCCAGGCAAGAAAUUGAGCAGAUAGUGAAAUUGAGAGUCGUGACCGAAGGGUUGCAAAUCGAGGACGAGGCUCUGUCCGCUCUUGCUGAGCUGGGCACGAAGACGACUCUGCGAUAUGUGGUACAACUUCUAACACCCGCGUCUUUAACAGCGAGAGUUAACGAAAGAACUACUAUCAAAAAAGAGGACGUUGAGGAAGUCAAUGGACUCUUUCUGGAUGCUAAAUCGUCUGCUAAGAUACUUUCAGAAAAUCAAGAUAAGUUUAUGAAAUAAAGAUUGCUCUUACGAUA